CAUAUAUCUAUAUAACAUUGCGAAAACACCAUCUAACCUCUUCCAUCUAAACUCUCGGUAGCUUAGAGAGACAGAAGAUCAAGAUAUAUUUUCAAACAGGUGGGCUACACAAACUAAUCAGAUUAGAUUUUGGUUGGCAUAGUUUCAGAAUUCAACAAUGGCUGAAAAUCAGAGAAUCCACCCAGUAGACGUUGAGACGCCACUAGCACCCCGUGACAAUUUGAAAUCAGAGAAAGGCGAUCCAGUCAAUCAAUACCAGCCUAUCCGCCGCACAAUCCCCGUUAGGUACUCGAAGCCACCGAAGAAGCGUAGCUGUUGCUGCAGAUGCUUCUGUUGGACAAUCAGCUUCCUUCUCAUCCUCCUCAUCGCCAUCGCCGUUUCUGCCGGCAUCCUCUACCUCGUCUUCCGUCCAAAGCUACCGAAAUACUCCAUCGACCGUCUCAUGAUCUCCGACUUCACUGUCGACCCCAACAUGAACUUACAAGCCGGCUUCGAUGUGACGAUCACGGCGAGGAACCCGAACAAGAAGAUCGGUAUCUACUACGAAGACGGUAGCGAGCUUAGUGCAUGGUACAGCGAUAUUAAUCUGUGUACUGGGUCGUUGCCGAAGUUCUACCAGGGUCAUCGGAAUACCACCGUUCUCAACGUUGCUUUGACAGGCCAGACCCAGCUCGGAAGCACGCUGAUGACCGCGCUGACGGAGCAACAACAGACGGGCCGGAUUCCGUUGGUUGUGAGGGCUAGAGUUCCGGUGAGAGUGAAGGUUGGGAGGUUGAAGCUUUGGAAGGUGAAGUUCUUGGUCAGAUGCAAUUUGGUGGUGGAUAGCUUAUCUGCUAAUAAUCAGAUUAGUAUCAAAACAAGCAGUUGUAAAUUUAGGUUGAGGCGUUGAUUUUAUUUUUUAUUUUUUUUAUGUUUUUAUUUUCUUUGCCAUUUUUAUUAUUAGUUUGUAAGUUUUAUUUAUUUUAUUAUUAUUAGGAGAUUAUAUAUGCUUUCGCUCCAUUCAUAUAUAUAUUUUUUAUGUAUACUUUGUUGGGAUGGAUUUAUACUUUUGAAAUAAAUGAUGGAGCAUACAUGGGCUUGGAAAAUGAUGUCUAGAAAUUGGAGUGUAGAAAUGUUCACAAACAGCCUGUCAAAUGUGGCAUUUGUGAGGAACAUCUAACCCGUGCAACAGGUGUGGUGGACCGUUGAAAAUCAGAUCAAUUCGGUUAUUAGGUGGGCUGCAUCUGUACUUUGUCUAACCAACAGUUGUCCAUUGAUUUUAAUGGUAUGGCUUAUCAGAUGAGUGGACCAAUAUUGU